AUGAGUCUGCUGUGGAGUUACUGCUCCAUCGCAUCACAGACCCUCACAUCUGGCAACCCGACCACACCUGGCAACCAGACAACACCCGGCAACCUGACCACACCUGGCAACCAAACUACACCUGGCAACCAGACCACAUCUGGUAACCAGACCACACCUGGUAACCCGAACACACCUGGCCACCCGACAGCUCAGUGCAUAAUUAGGACCGUGACCGUGUCAGUGUCUGUGACCGUGUCCGUGACAGUGUGCUCCGAGUCAAUGUCUGUGUCAGUCUUCGUGACCGUGUCCGUGUCCGGGACCGUGUCCGUUACCAUGAUCGUGUCCGUGUCCGUGUCUGUGACCGUGACCGAGUGUGUGUUCGUGACAGUGUCCGUGACAGUGUCUGUGACAGUGUCAGUGACCGUGUGUGUGUCCCUGACCGUGUCAGUGUCUGUGACCCUGUCUGUGACCCUGUCCGUGACAGUGAUCGUGUCCAUGAUUGUGUCUGUGACCGUGACAGAGACUGUGACCGUGACAGUGUCCGUGUCCCUGACAGUGUCCGUGACCGUGACUGUAACCGACACGCACACUGUCACGGGAGGUGGCCUCAUUCGGCCUGACAAGCCUCAGUUUGGCACGGCUCUGUUCGGCCCCAACAGGCCUCAGUCCGGCACGGCUCUGUUCGGCCCGAACAGGCCUCAGUCCGGCACGGCUCUGUUCGGCCCCGACAGGCCUCAGUCCGGCACGGCUCUGUUGGCCCCGACAGGCCUCAGUCCGGCACGGCUCUGUUCGGCUCGACAGGCCUCAGUCCGGCACGGCUCUGUUUGCACCACAUCGUCCACAGUCUUCCCUAAGCACGUCAUGGUGGAUCUGUCCACACACUGCCGCAUAUGGAUCCCUGCCCUGUGA